GCGGGGCGCAUUCCCCUUCCACUUCGGCCCGGGUGCCUCUAGCAAGGUCAACCUGGCUUCGCAGCCAUCCUCCAGCCACAACCAGAAGGACCCAUCCUCCCCACUCCUUGCUCCUCCCGCCAUCAUCGAGCCUGAGCAGGAAGCGGAGAGCAGCGACCGGUCUAAACGGAUGUCGCAGAUCAUCCAUCACUCGGGCUUUGUGAACUACCACGCCGACUUUUCCUUGGCAGAUUGCCACAACGGUAGCCUCAACCUCAGCAAGGGAUGGAAGCCCUACAAACUCGUGCUGAAGGGGACUAAGCUGUACUUCUACAAACCACCCAGUGACAAGAUUGCGGCGGUGAAGGAGCUGUUCCCGACAUCCCUUGUGCCUGCGCUUGAAGAGGCUCUUGAUCAGGAAGAGCUGGAGGCGCCAGUUGUCAAGGAAAAGGAGGAGGUUAGGGAUACGAGGAAGAAAAGGGCUUUCUGGGGCCGAAGGACUCACCCCGAGCUCGUGUUCGAGGGCAAAGUUGUUACGAGUGGCACAAUGGAGGCCCUCGUGCAUGAAGCUGUUUUUGGCACGACCCACGCGGACACCACGACGACACGGAACAACGCAUCUUGGCACAGUUUCGCUUCCUCCGUAUUGCUAUGUCUCCCGGCCCUCGCUGGACGAAGCAAAGUAGAGACCGAAUUAAUCCGCUGCUGCAGCUAUCUCGUCAGCGGGGCUCCUGACGACACGAAGGACGCACUCCGUGCCAGGGUGGCCUGGAUUGCCGGCGAGUACCUGCGGUAUCAUGGAACACCAGUCAAUCGGGAGAAUUGGGAGGAAUAUAGAAAAGAUACAAUCCCGGAUUUUCCAGCUGAUGCGGCGUUCGUCGGGGAAGUCACAUCUCUCCCCUCGUCUUCGUCUCUCCAAGGGCUUUAUGUGCCGUCGCCUCGUCCAGAGGAUGCUCAAUGGGGCACGUUCUCCCCCAGCUUAGGCGUAUUCUCUCCUAGACUUGGUCAGACUGAUAAGAUGGUCUCCCUUCUGGAUGCCCUGAAUUUGCGCGAGCCAGCUUCGAUGACCGGUCCCUCUAAUUCUCACAGCGAGCGGGAGAAUACGCCAGGCCCCUCUGCGACCGGCCCUGUUUGGGCUGCACUUGAGCGCGAGGGGCUUACGAGAGAAAACCUGCUUAGGCUCGACCCGCAUUUGGUCGCCCUCAGUUUAUCGGUCUACCAUAGGCGGGCUUUGGAGCUUGCACCGGUCAACCUGACGUUCGCGCAAUGUGUCCACAACAACGACGACCUCAAUCCAGAGAAGGCGGCGUCCGAGGCAAAUACAUCAUCAUUCCACGCCUUCUUUGGGAGCGACGAUAAUCUCCACUGGCUCACUAAGCUGAUUCUUAAUCAGAUUCUCGGCGCUGACCGCUCGUCGCGCGUGUACCCUGCCCCCGCGCCUACCCUCUCUGGUGGUCGAUCAUCGGAAGACAGGGCGGGACAGACAUCUCGUACUCAUUCUCGAUCAGAGGUGAUUUCUACGUGGGCCAAGAUCGCAGAAGUGUGCCGCAUGUCGGGAGAUGAAUCUUCCUGGCAGGCUAUCAAGGCGGCGCUGUGCUCGCGCCCAGUAGCGCGCCUGGAGAAGGCGUGGAAGAGGGUAGAUGCCCAGGCUCAAGCCGCUGUGGAGUCAUGGGUUUACCCCGAUAGCGAUGGGAACGUCGCUACCGUCAAAGAACCCAAGACGACUCCCUGGGGUGGUGAUGCGAGGGAAAAGAUCAAGGCGUCCCUCUCCAAGGCUUCCAUACCCGACAGGGAAGACGAGUGGCUGAUCGCCCCCUUGCAGAGAGUAAGGGGCGACUUCGAGGACCUUCGCAAUACGUUCUCGCUUUGUUUCAGAAGAUCCGAGUUGACGGAUACGUCAGACGUGGACGCAAAGAAAUUGGUCGAAAUGUGGCAGGAAUACGUUCUGGAUGGAUCCACUGCUGCGAAAUUCAGCCGUGUAGACCAGUUCAUGUCGUUGUCACUAGCUGCUGAACCUCGGCGAAAAGGCUUGUUUGAGCCGCACUUCUGGACAAAGACACCGCCUUCUGCAAUGCCAACGUCACACCCCCUCGUCCCGCUUUUGCUUGUCGAACCACUCCCGACAGUCACAUUCAUUGACAGGUCGCAGUUACUUCGAAAUCGAGUCGAUAGUGGUCCUACUAGUCUCGUGAUUGAGGACAAUCAGUUUGCUAUGUUAAUGCGUUCGGAUCAUCGACUGGGACGCCGAGAUUCCGACCGCAUUGCUAACAAAGGACUAAACAAUGUGAGCGGACGCGACCUGGGUGGUACUGUCAUUCCUGUCUUCGAUGGCGAACUGCUGCUAGUUGUUCAACCGUGGAAUCCCGACUCAAGGGCGCCGUCGAGGUCGUCAUCUCGAGCACGUUCACGCCCGCCUAGUUCCGCUGACCCUGGCUCUCCGGAGAAACCGGUUAGCCGUGCACCCUCCAUUCGAGUGAAACCUGGUGCAUCGCAAGGGUUGGAUCGCAAGCCUAGCGUAGCACGCCGUAGUUCUCUCCCGGCCAUCUCACAGCGGCCCAAUCAUGUAGUCACUGAGCCGUCAUCCGAGCGGCCUCUACGGGUAGUCGUGAAAGCUGGUACCCUAGAUCGGCUGGUUGAUGUGCUUGUACAUGGUCUGCUGGGGGUAUCUGUAUCGGUCGCAGAUGACAAUGGUGAGAUGCCUCUCAAUCAGCGUCGGACGCGAGAGCUCCGCGUGGAUCGCGCGGAAUUCGUGGACGUCUGGUGGAACGCUUUCCGCAGCUUUAUGACCCCAUUAGUAUUUUUCGAACUCCUCUGCAAGCGAUACAAUGCUGCUCACCCGAAACCUGAGUAUGAAUCUACACACUGUAUCCGCACAGUUGAGACGAGAAUCGCAGUACUCGAUACCCUGAGAGAAUGGCUCGAAAUAGGCGGAGGAGCCCAGGACUGCUUAGAUGAUCCCCAACUUUUCGCAGCGGCGCAGGCCUUCCUGGAUCGCAAUGACCUGUGUCCUUCGGAUUCAUCGAUGGAAGACCAGGGUGCACGGCAAAUUUUGGAGAUUCUAAGUACUGACUUGAGGAGCCUCCGUCAGUCCUUCUACGCUCAGACCCAGAAACCCAAGGCCAGGACAGUGGUCUCGGGAGAGAUCAGCACCAAACAAAGUAGAUAUGACUAUGGUAGGGAAGCACCUGAUGUGGACAGCAUAAGCCCCGAGGAGUUAGUCGGCAACCUCGAUGCAAUGGCGACAGCUGUGUGCAGCAACGUCACGGAGGAGGAUUUGUUUGUAACGGCCGACUUGUUUGAAGUCCAGAUGGCGGAUCGAGUAGCCUGGUUCUUGCCGCCACAAUUCACUCAAUCGAGUGAAGAAGUCGACAUUCAUACGAUUUAUUCGCACGUUCUCAAUUGCGAACCGUCACCCCUCAUCGCAGAGCUGACGCACGACACGAUCUAUCGGCUUCUACCUCCCAGUAUCAGAAGUUGCAUCCGUGCUUUCACGAUACUGCAUAAAUGGCUUGUAUCGAAACUUGUGGCGCCUAAAGUUGGGUCCCGUGUCCGACAAGCGCGCAUGAAUCUAUAUCUGCAAGCACUCGAGCUAUGCAGGUUAAGAAACUCAGAUGCUACAUCGAGCCGAAACCCCGCUGACUGUCCUUGCGUCCGAUCCUUCGUCGAAAGUACCGUCGUAUCGGCAAUCCUUAGCGUGGAGAGCCGCCUGCAUCACAGUUCUUGGUAUAAUGUUGCCGCAGCUAGGGGCACGGGCUGCGAAUCAAUCUCCGCUCUCCUUAGCAAGCCCCAGGUGCGAUCGGUGGAAAAUAAGGAAAGUCUUACUGUGGAUAUGGGUUGGGUCUUGGAACGUAUGCUGGAAGUCAUGAGCGUCUCUGACACGUUGAGCUCUGCCGACAAUGAAAGCCAGACCUUAGUGAAUUACGAGAAAAGACGGUAUUUACGCUCCAUCAUAGUCAACACUGUCUCGGAGUCUGGGCCACGUCGUAACCGAAAGCGCCGAGAGGUUGACCGACGUGAUUUCGACCGCUUAAACAAUAUAGAAAAGGAGGUUAACCAUGUUGACUUUGACUAUCGAGCGAUCAAGGAAGAGGCGUACCGAGAGUCUAUGCAAGCGAACAAUGGCUUGGCUGGUCCUAGGAAGGGUCAUAGACCGUUCCACAAACACGUUGUGGCGCAGCAGGAAAAGAACAAGAGGGACAAGUAUCUACGAGACCGACUCAGCCGGGAAAAGAAGCUAGAGCAGCAGCGGAUGGAUCGUCGUGAGGAUUACCUCAACAAAGCUAUGCAUGUUCGAAGGCCUGUUGCGACAGGACAGAAGCAACAUAGAAAUAAGAAAAGCAUGUCCACUGCUUUCUUCCAGUUUAUGAGGCCCAUAUCCAGUGCAUUCUUGUCGGAAACUCCCGCGGGCGUAGGCGUGAAGCGGACUGCAGAAGAGCUAGACUUCAUUCCGGGCAACAAACCCUCGUUUACGCUCAGUGCUGCCGAUGCUGGAGUGGCACCGUUUAUCAACAACGAGCGCUCGUAUCUGUUCCGGCUCGACACCGAAGACGGCGGUCAUUACCUUCUUCAAGCAAUAAACAAACAAGCCCUGAAGAAGUGGAUUGACACCAUUGGCAGAGUGUCUAAGACUGCAGCCCAGAGGCGACUUACAUACCUAGGGCCGCCUCAAUCCGAGCUCUCGGACCAUAUGGCCUCUGGUUCGACUUUGCAUUCCAGAGACCCCAGAGCUGUCUUCGGCGUCGAUCUUGAAGUGUUGGUGCACAGAGAUAAGUCGAAUGAUGAUAAAAAGCCAGUUGCCGUUCCAGUCUUCCUCGAACGGUGCCUCUCGGAGAUCGAGAAUCGUGGCCUCACGGAAUCAGGGAUAUAUCGAGUAGCAGGUGCCAGCUCCGAUAUUCAGAUGCUUAAGAGCGCGAUCAACCAAGGCGAAUGGCCCGUUACGCCGUUAACUGAUAUUUAUGCUGUCUGUGAUCUGGUCAAACACUGGCUUCGUGAUCUUCCCAGACCUAUAUUGCCUUCGUCUUCCUAUCUUGAAAUUCUUGCUGCUGCGAAACUCGACGAUCUCGAUUCGAAGCUAGUCCGGCUUAGGGACAUCGUGCAAGCCCUUCCUUCUGCCAAUUUUGAAGUACUGAAGCGCGUAGCUGAACAUCUGGACAGAGUCACUGACUAUGAAGAUCAAAACCACAUGACGGCCAAGAACUUGGCCAUCGUCUUCAGCCCUAGUCUCCUACGCGCUCCGGAUGGCAAUUUCAUGGCUUUCAUGAGUAAUCUAGGACACCUUCAUGAGUUCGUGAAGGUCCUUAUAGGCCAUUUCCAUGUGAUCUUCGAUGAGGAUCAGGAGGUCGAGCUAGAUCCGGACGAUGACGAAUUUGACGAACCCAUCUUAGAAGAAGACGAGGAAGACCUGGCUCCUUCUCCGUCCCCUUCCCCCUCCCCCGAGCCCGAUACCGGUUCCGGUGAUUCCCCAGAUGUACAUGAUACCCCGCUGCAAGGACUUUCAUAGCCGCUGUACUACAUCCAGCACGCAUUCCUUCCCUUGCGUUAUUGAUAUCUCAUGGGCCACGGACUGUUUACCCCCUUGCAAGUUACCCCAGGCUUGAAUCGUAUAUCACUCAUAGACGGACUCCUGUCUUAUAAUCUGCAUCGC